ACAUGGACACAGCAACUGCAAUGCUGUCUGGUGCUUCGAGUACGUUCGCCGGUGUGGUUGGCGAUUUUGAUCAGAGUUCAGUACUAUGGGCGCUGAUUGUUGGAAUCAUUCUUGCGUUCCUUUUAGGAGCUGGAAUGGGAGCUAACGAUGUUUCAAAUGCAUUCGGUACAUCUGUUGGAUCUGGAGUCCUCACUAUUAUACAGGCAUACAUAUUGGCCUCGAUCUUUGAAACGCUAGGAUCAGUUCUAGUUGGAUGGAGUGUUGUGGAUACAAUGAGGAAAGGUGUUGUCGAUAUAUCACAAUAUGAGAAUACUCCUAAAGAAUUUCUAUUGGGACAAAUCGCAGUUCUUGGAGGAUGCUCGGCUUGGCUUUUGAUAGCUACCGUACUCCAUAUGCCAGUAUCGACAACUCACUCAUUGGUCGGAGCAACAAUUGGAUUUUCCGUAGUUCUUCGGGGGUUCAAUGGUAUUCAAUGGAUGGCUAUCGUGAAAAUAGUAUGCUCCUGGUUCAUUUCUCCGGUUCUUUCUGGAAUAAUAUCUUCAAUAAUCUACAUGAUUGUCGAUCACACUGUACUGAGAACUGCGAAUCCACUGAAAAACGGAUUGCGCGCUCUUCCCGUGUUUUAUUUUGUGUGCAUGGCUUUCAAUGCUCUCAUGGUGUUCUGGGAUGGAUCCAAACUUCUUCACUUUGACGAAAUUCCAGUAUGGGGAAUUGUCAUUAUAGUUCUUGGAGUAGGAACAAUUGCCGCUGCAUUCGCAAACUUUGUUAUGAAGCCGAGAAUCAGAGCCAAGAUUCAAGAUUCUGAAGCACCUCCAACUCCACCGAUGUUUUCUGACGUGGAAUCAGCUCGCGGCUCGGCGGAGCUUGAGGAAUUCACAGAAGGAAGUGUUACAAAUCAACAGAAAACAAUGUCCACACCAGGAAAAAUCCGAAAGUUUUUUACUUGGCUUCUCCCAGACCGUACACGCUCUGACAGCCGUAGCAUUACUCAAUUAUUCUCUACAAUUCAAGUAUUCACUGCUUGUUUUGCUGGAUUUGCCCAUGGAGCCAAUGACGUUAGUAAUGCAGUCGCUCCACUUGCGGCUAUUAUUUCUGUUUAUCGUACCAAGUCUGUAGAACAAAAAGAAGCUGUGCCAAUUUAUGUUCUUUUGUAUGGAGUACUUGCAAUCUGUAUCGGUCUCUGGACUUUCGGGCAUUACGUUAUCAAGACUGUUGGAACAAAAAUGUCAGAAAUUAAUCCAGCAAGUGGAUUUACAAUUGAGUUUGGCGCAGCUAUGACAUCACUUGUUGCAAGUAAACUAGGACUUCCUAUCAGUACAACUCACUGUUUGGUUGGCAGCGUUGUUGCUGUUGGGGCUCUACGGUCUGAAGAUGGAGUAAAAUGGUCUACGUUCCGGAAUAUUUUCAUGUCAUGGGUUAUUACUCUACCAGUUUCCGGUUUAAUAUCUGCUGGAAUUAUGCUGAUCAUCAAGUGGGCAGCUUUGUAGAUUUUCACGCUUUAAUUUUUCUUUUAACUUUUUGAUCUCUUUAAAAUUUUGAUAGCUCAUAAUAUUCAUCAUAACUGGAUAAUAUGCAUAUUACAUUUUCUGUUACGUGUCAGAAAUAAACUUCACUCAUAACUU